AUGUGCUCACCACCAUCUCUCACGGUACGUCUCGCUCUCCCCACAAACGGUUGCAUUGUCCAGCUUAUAAGCUUGAGAAAGAUGAUCCACCUGGGCAACUGCUACAUCCCGUGGUUGGUGUUCACGCUCGCGGAGCUGCGCGCUGUCCUUUGUCAAAUCGCCUUCCUUGUCGCAGGGAGCGCCAUACUGGAUCCACUUUGCCGCCGCGGCGUUGCUGGGGGCGCCUUGUUGGCCUGCUAUACCGUUGUUAUGUUCUUCUUCCAGCGGCGCCUCGCCUCCGGCUUUUCGGUGCGCUUCUCUUCCCUGCGCGCGUGGCGGUCGUCGCCGAAGAACUUCAGAAAGACGUCGGCGUUCCUAAAGGCGCUGAAGGCAAAGAAAACAUCCGCCGCCAGUGUCUCCGUGGCAGGCUUCGGCGCACACCCGGUUGCCGUGAUAACGGGAGGAGAACGUGGAAUCGGCGAAGAGGUUGUGGACCAGCUUCUGCGCGAGGGCUUGGACGUCAUUCUCUGUUGUCCAUUCGAGGCGGCAGCGCUGCGCACCAUCGCGAAGCUGGAGGCUCGCACCCCAAACUCGUUGCUACGCUUUCUUAAGCUGAACCUCAACGAUGAGGAAUGUGUGCGCCAGAGCGCCGCGGCAGUGCUGGAAAUGACGCCACGGAUCGAUGUGCUCAUCAAUAACGCCGGAUUGGCCAACCCGCUGUCGUACAAGAUGAACAAGCGUGGUUACGAAGUGGUGCUGUCGAUCAACUUCCUCGGCCACGCUCUCUUCACGGAACUCCUACUGGAGCGGGUGAUGGCCAGUGCCCCCUCUCGCAUUGUUAACGUAGCAUCGCUCAUGCACCUCAACGCGUGUAUGCCAGGCUCAUGCAAGACCGCGCUCGACGCCAUGACCGCCAACUGCGAUCCUGCGUCACCCCAUCACACGCACAACUACAGCCUUUCCAAGUUGCUUCUUGUGUGCUACACUCGCGAUUUGGCGAGGCGUCUCCGCGGGACGGACACCGUUGCGGCAGUGGUACACCCGGGUGUGGUGCUCACGGACAUCUACGCGUUUGCCGCCGUCUUUAUGAAAGUUUUUUUGCGAACGGUGUUCAAGUUUCCAGGUGAGGGCGCCGAGGUGGUGCUCUACUGCACCUUGGCGGACGGCAUUCGCAGCGGCUCGUUCUACGCGGACUGCACUGAGUACGACGGUCUGCUCUCUCCGCUCGCUCUCGAUGAUGCGCACAACGAGCGCCUCCGACGCGUCUUGCUGCGCUACUUCGCACUGGACACCUCAAAACCGACAGGCAAGUUGCUGCCAGAGGUCGUGGAGUCAAUGCUGUGA